AUGGCACCCGACCAGGCCCUCGCAGCCUGGUAUGCCUUGUCACUGACACAUGGUUCUGUGCCGGUAGAUGCGCUUGCGUUCCCGCUGGAUAUACAGGUCGUGAGCAUGGCUGUCCAGUCAUCAUCCUCGUCCUCUGACCCGUUGUGGUGUUGCUGUUGUCGGUUAAAAUCCUAGUCAGUUGUUAUGCGCAUCAAGGGGUGAGGAGUGGUACGCCUAGGUGCAGGUCCGACCGUGCCAGGUACCUGCGCCCUCUUUCACCUCCGUUUUUCUCGCCUACGUCUUGACACCGGAGUUGGAUGGAGAGGAGGAGAGAGUGAGGUGGAUGCAGCGCAAGACUACGCUCACUUCAAACUACUUCACACGCAAGUCAUCGUGCCGGCUUCAGCUUGCCGUGGAGCACACGAUGGACAUCGUUGGCACGAUGGUCUAACUGUCGGUUCGCCAGUCUCUGGGCGAUGGAUUCGCAAGUGACCAGCCAGGCCGAUGUGUGAGGUGAAUGUGCGAUCUGCAUCGUUGGCGUUGACGGUGGUGAGGCUGUUGUUUGACAGUGCAUGAGCUGUUACAGCAGAUGUUGGGGCUGAGAUGGUGGUGAAGGACGGUGACGGGGGAUCACGAGCACCGUUAGGGUGGAUUAUCGAUGUGGGGGGCAGAAGUGGACCGGGAGACAUUGCCAUUGGUCCGAAGAUUUCUUCCUGGAGUGUUCGCUGACGCCAUGAGCAUGUAGGUGGCGGUUGAAUUUUGGCGUUGGGAGACGGGGGUAGUUGAAUUUGCGAGGUUCGCGUUUGGCUUUGGCCUAAACACUGUUCAGUAAAACGAAAAUACAUCAUAAAUUAACCUACCUCAUAAAAUGUUCUCCGAAAUUCUGAAAUGCUUCUUCGUUAAGGUUGGGUUAUAAUGAUGUCUACAGUUACACCAGGAUGCUGGCCGUCAAAUGAGCCGCUUUUGAGCCGCCUGUGAAAAAAACACUCGGUAAAAUGUGAGUACUUAUUUAAUAGCAACUUCUCCCAUUGAUUUUCGUCUUCCAUAUAAAUCUGUAUUCUAUGAAGAACAAGCGCAAAAUAUUCAUUUUUGAACUGAUUUAGUGGUCAAUCGCGUAUCGUUAAACUUUUAUGCUCGAAGAAAAGGUAUCUCCCGGUUUAAAAAGUUUUCCAAUUCCCGAGUAAUCUCAAACUCAACUAUUUGUUACACUUGUAUGUAGGAUUUUGAAAAUGCCGGCUGCAUAAUUUCCAUGUAAAUAGAAGCAUACGUGCAUAUUUGUCAUUAAGAAGAUACCAUCUUGGACUAAUGACAUUUCUCAGGGGAUGUUGGCAGAAUCAGUAAAGGGGCAAGUACGAUUCUCUAUGCAUGCGCAUUUUACGGUCUGAAAAAUCCCACUAUUUUAAAUUUUUCUGAAACCGAGAGUUAGCGUUUUUCUAGGGACAGAAUUUAAAGAGGACGUGAUUUGCUAUCAAAUUUAUUUCUUCUUGUAUUCAUUUCCUGACAAAUUACGUCUUCGUUAAAUUUUAUGCUUGAUGAAAGGGAAUCUUUCUGUUUUUGACGGAUAGUAAUUAUGAAAUUUCAGAGACUGUGAAAUGUUUACGCAGAUAACAUCGCAUUCGUCCACUUACUCAUGCUCCUUUUAAAGUAUACAACAUAGUACGCAGGCAUUGUUAAAUUUCAUGACCCCUAUACGACAUUCUCUUAGUGACGUGGAUGGAUGUGUGAUUUUACUGACAAGGAAAGUAUACAGGUUUUAGACAGUAAGACCUAAAUGCAAAUGUAACUUCAGAUUGAGCUCAAGUUUCAUCGGCAAUUAAAAUGACAUUUUGAAAUGAAAGGAUAUUAUUUAUUCGAGAGUAAAAUUUAAAGAUGACGUGAAUUGCUAUUAAAUGAGUAGAAGAAGAAAGAUUGUUGUAAAUGUUUUCUUGAAACUAUAUUUGGUUUUAUGAGGACACCGAAAACUAAUGCGACAAUGCAUACUGCAUAAGCGGUCAUUUUGUACCGAGAGCAGUUUUUCUGGGCGGCCAGUACGAUGUACACCCAAAAGUCCGAAUCCUGCAAUUAUUGAAAUAUUUUUGGAUUAUACUGCACGAUAGUUAACAUCACAACCAUACGUCAGUGAUCUACCCUGGUCAAAAACGCAUUUCAUGAUCUCAGUUAACAUUUCGCGAAUGUAGGCACUGACCGUAAAGCAUAUGUACGUCUUUGGAUGAUGAUGAUGAUGACGACGACGACGACGACGACGACGACGACGACGAGGAUGAUGAAGAUGAUGAUGAUGAUGAUGAUGAUGAUGAUGAUGAUGAUGAUGAUGAUGAUGAUGAUGAUGAUGAUGAUGAUGAUGAUGAUGAUGAUGAUGAUGAUGAUGAUGAUGAUGAUGAUGAUGAUGAUGAUGAUGAUGAUGACGACAAUUAA